GGGUCCGAUGGGCUCUUCGUCAGGCGGAUGAACGUCCGGCGACGGAGGCAGAUACUGUACUCGGGUAUUUGAUCGCUGCUCCUUUGCCAUGUUGUGAAUAAAACGAACUUGCAGGGCUGUUUCAGACCACAGGAUGUAAUGGCUGCUGCCCCACCAGUUUCCUUGUGAUUACGUGGUUAAAUCCCUUUCAGACGCCCCUCCCUUCCGCUGUACUUUGCUCGACGUUUCAAGCUGGGCAAAAGUGAAACUGAUCGCCAUCUUCGAUUCCCGAAGCCACCCGGGGAAGUGAAGGGGGCAAGCGGCGCCGCGGUGAGGCCGGCGGUGGAGCGGGCUGUGCCCAGGCAGCGGUGUGACGGUUUGCUGUGAUGGAGUCCUCAGUGUUGCUGCCUCUCCUCGUCCUCGGUUUCAUCCAUCAAGUCCAGACCGGGCAGUUAGAGGUGGCUUGUUCCCGGAUUCCGAUAAUGGCACAAGUCAGCUCCCACGUGGUGCUGGAAUGCCAGGUGAUCCCGACCAUGGACCUUCGGGACAAGGAGAUCCGCUGGACCAAGGACCAGACCCUCGUGCACCUCUACCGCUUCAGACAGGAUGAGAACGACCAGCAGGAUCCCAGGUUUAAGGGCCGCACCCAGCUCUUCAAAGACCAGUUCCAAGUGGGCAACGUCUCGCUGAAGCUGCACGGUGUCGAGCUGUCGGACGUCGGCAGCUACAACUGCUUCGUCGAGGUGGCGCCCGACAACAACCACGAUUCCAGUGUCCAGCUGAAGGUGACCAGUGUUGGUGAACUCCCCUCCAUCAACCUGUACCGGUACACAAGCAGUGGAAUCGAGCUGGUGUGUGAAACUCAGCAGUGGUUCCCCGCUCCCACGGUGAAUUGGAGUGACGAAAGAAAGAGGACCUUGCCCCAGGUUCCCCAGGACAUCGGCAGAAACUCCAAGGGUUUCUUUCAGGUGCGCAGCAUCGUCGAGGUGACAGCGGACUCCGGGAACAGCUAUAGUUGCCAGGUGCAGAACACAGUCAUCAAUCAGAAUCUGACGGCAGAGUUUUACGUGCCAGAUGAAUUCUUUCCCUGGGUGUCCAAGUGGGUCACAGGAUUCGUCCUGAUCUUGCUUCUCCUGAUCGGGGUCGUCAUCGGGCUCUUCCUCUUCUUUCGGAAUCUCCAGAUGCACAUAAAAAAUCUUGAAAAGCGGCCGACCGCCAAAGAAUAUGAAGAACUACAGAGAGAGCAGAGAUCACUUGAGGACAAACUGGGUACGCUGCAUAAGGAUCUAGGAGAGAUACGUAUUCUCCCAAAAAUGGCCAUUAAAAGAAUUAAAAGAGUUGCUGUUUCUGUGACACUGAACCUUGAGGCUGCACACCCGAACCUGGAUGUAUCUCCUGAUCUGACCAUUGUGAGCCACGUCAGGCAGGGGAUUCCUGCUGAAAGCAGCAAGGGGUUUGGGUCCAUAUCAGCGGUGUUGGGAAAGGAAGGAUUCAGCUCCGGCAGACACUUUUGGGAGGUGGAAGUGGAAAGAAACUCGGAAUGGGACCUGGGAGUGGCCUUGGAUAAGACAGCGAGGCAGGGGGAGAUACCUUUGAGUCCAGAUAAUGGAUUCUGGACCAUUGGAUGUCAUGAGAAGGAGUUCAGAGUCAACAACAGCACCAAUGUACAGAUCUCCAUCAAACCGUGGGUCCAGGAGAAGAUACAGGUGAUUGGGAUAUAUGUCAACUACAGUGAGGGAAAGGUGUUGUUCUACGAUACUGAGACAAACUCUCAUCUCCAUACAUUUGAAAAGUGCCCUUUCAAGGGGAUGAUAUUAUUCCCCUUCUUCCACCUCCCAAAGAAGGGAGUGUCUCUGAAGAUUUGUAAAGUUGCUCCUUCAGCAUAAAGAGUUCGUGCUGUUUGGGCAUCCCCAACCAACUCAUCUAUGCGAACCAGUGACUAUGGCCAGAAAUGUUCUGGUCUUUCCCACACUCUCCAGUGCCAACUGCAUUAUCUUAUGCCUUGUUGACCAACCAAGCCAUCCGCAUCCUUGACUCCAAAUUUUGGGCACUGGUUUGGACACCUUGACUUGCUGAGCCCCUCCAGCAUCUUGUCCAUCUGAGCACCUUCACUGUCUGCCCGAAGAGGCAGGGUCUCAGGUGGCUUUCCAUUCCUGCUUUGUACUCCUUCCCUCUCACCCCACCUUAUUCUGGCUUCUGCCCCCUUCCUUUCCGGUCUUGUCAGCACUUUACGCCUGGCCUCCCAGCAGUUAGUUCGUUACUGUUAGUUGGUCACUGCUGGCAUCCAGGGCAGUAAUAAAGAUUUUCCACCUCUCUCUGUCCUUGGCUGUCCUCUCUGCUGUGCCCCAGGGUCCUCAUUUCAGCCCUGAUGGUAUGGUACCAAGUUGUCCUUCAGGGGUCAAAUGAAGCUCGAUCUCUGCCGGUGUUCAGGGCUUCCUUCAUCGUGACAGUAGCUUUCCCUGGUUUUCACUGCUGCCAGUCAUGGAGUCUCGGGGUUCUUCAUUUCAGAACAAUACUUUUUGACCAGACUGGGUUGUUAGCCCUGAGCUGAACACCUAAACCCGCAAGACCAGUGGAUCGCUCUUGGUCUGGCCUGUGUCCUUUUACCUGUUUGGCUUGGGUGGCCCUACCAAGAGGCUCUGAGUCCAGCCCACGUAGCUCUCCGGGUCAUUGAGGCACACAAGUCUCUGAACCCUACGACAAGGCUGAGGUCCCCUUGGAGGAAUUACAUAAAGACAUAGAGUGAAAUCCAUAGUUUGCAUAAAAUCAGAUCAGCGAGGGCUGUGCCUGCAAGUAUAGACAAGCUUCUGGUGUCCGCAUAGCACGUCCUGAACUUAGUAACAUGUUGGGAAUGUGGAAGGAAAUGAGACAACCUGGAGGAAACAUAGGGCCAUGGGGAGAAAGUACGACAGACAGCAGCAGGAAUCAAACGGCAAUUAGAGACUGAUAACGUAGUAAAGCAGUUGUGUUUGACUGCUACAGUACUGUGGCAUCUGUUAUUUGGUGGGGGUGGGGGCAGAUGGAUGGGAUUCGUCAUGAUGUUGCUGUGUGUGUAUCCUUGGGGGUGGUAGGCGAGUGCCAGUGAUGCUUUGGGCAAUUUUGAUUACCAGCUGUGGAGCCUUUCUGUCUGCCACUGUAGAGUUUUUGUACCAAGUACUGAUGCAGCAUGUUGGGGUGCUGUCUACUGCUCUUCUGUAGGAGGAGACGAGUAUAGAUGUGUAAAAACGAACCACAGACCAGUAGGUUUCCUCCAGGUUUUCUUGUUGCCUCCCACAUUCCAAAGGUUUCCCUUCCUCCACCAUCAGCGCUGCCCUCAACUGCAUCUCUUCCAUUUUGCGCACAUCUGCCCUCACCCCAUCCUCCUGCCGCCCCACCAGGGAUAAGGCUCCUCCUGUCCUCGCCUACCAGCCUCCGCGCCUAGCGCAUAAUUCUCCGUAACUUCCGCCAACUCCAACGGGAUCCCACCACCAAGCACCCCUUCCCUCCACUUUCUGCUUUCCACAGGGGUCGGUCCCUGCGUGACUCCCUUGUCCUUUCGUCCCACCCCACUGAUCUCCAUCUUGCCACUUAUCCUUGCAAGCAGAACAAGUGCUUCAUCUACCUCUACACCUCCUCCCUCACUACCAUCCAGGGCCCUAAACAGUCCUUCCAGGUGAGGCGACGCUUCACCUGUGAGAGCACGGGUGUCAUCUGUUGUAUCCACAUGCUCAUAGUGUUGUCUUUUGUAUAUCGGUGAGAUCCAGCGUAGAUUGGAAAACUGCUUUGUCGCAGAAGAAGAGGGAACUCCCAGUGGCAAUCCAUUUUAAUUCCACUUCCCAUUCCGACCUGCCAUGAUGAGGCCACGCUGAGGUUGGAGAAGCUGAUUUCUCGACCUUCUGGGAAUACCCAUUUCCCCCUCUCACCUUAUCUCCUUGCCUGCCCGUUACCUCUCUCUGGUGCUCCUCACACUUUUUCUUCAACAGUUACUUCCCAACUCUUUUCUUCAUCCCUUCCUAUCUAUCAACUUGUGUUUUUUUUCUUCCCCCCCCCCCCACCUUACUCUUGACUCCUCAUCUUUUUCCUCUAGUCCUGCUGAGGGGUCUCGGCCAGAAACGUCGACUGUGCUUUUUAACAGAGACGCUGCCUUGCCUGCUGAGUUCCUCCAGUAUUUUGUGUGUGUUGCAUGGAUGUUGAAAGUCCAGCUCUCUUGUGAGAUGGAUUGUGUUUUUCUCAAUUUCUAAACUGUAAAAUAGCAGCUGUUAUUUUGUGAAUAAAUACUCUACACAUUUC